CGCCAUCGGCACAAAAUUUUUCUUUCAAUAUUUGUUCGUUGCAAGUAUUUUUAGAAAAUAUCUCAAUAGGCAAAAGCAGAAAAUAAUCUUUUCAAGUUUUUGUCGGUCAGCGCAAUGGUCGAGGAUUUGUUUGCAUAUUGAAAAGAGAUCCCUAGUUUCCAAUUGUGUGAAAAGUGUUUCAGGCAUGUGCUCCAUGUCCGUGUUGUGUCCACUGUGCGCGGUGCCGAGUUUCAGUAGCAUCGACGCGCUGCAGCAGCGCCUAAUCAAGGCGGCCAAUGGCCCUCUGGCCUGCCCCUUUCCCAACUGCAAGGAGCUCUUUCUGGGUCUGGACAAGCUGACCAUACAUCUAUUUAGUCACACGAGCCUGAUGAGCGAGUCGGAGGCAGACCCAGCUCCAGCUCCAGUUUCAGUUGUAGUGCCUCCAACCGUUCAGUCCACUCCAGUGACAGCAGAGUCAGCUUCAGCUGUGUUCCCUACCAUUAAUUCCCCUGCUGCAGCUAGUCCGCCUCUUGCUGCUGCCGUUCCUAAGCGACGUGGCAAAAAGUCGCGUGCCAAGCCCAUCGAGCUGCCGCUCCCGCAGCCCUCUACGCCUCCUGCCAGAUGUGACAUUUGCGAGUUUAAUUUCCGCAACGAGGAACUGCGAGACAUUCACUUCCGGUUGGUGCAUGAGAAUGCGGAGAUAACAGAGCCGACGCUGGGUCAGCAGCAGGAGCCCUACAAGUGUCAUCUGUGCUCCAAAACCUUCCGUAUGAAGGGUUCCUUGCGUGUGCAUCUCAAGGUGUUGCACACGGUCGGCGCCAUCGCGACUGCCGCCAGCAGCAGUCCGACCAACAACAACAGCAACAACAACAACAACAGCAACAGCAAUCAGAACAACAAUGCGAGCAGUAGCAAUGGCCACAUCAUUAGUGCCUCGCCCAAAAUCGGCAUUUGCGAUCGCAUUCGGCACAAGGAGGCGUCAUCCACCAAUGGCAGCAGCGCUACCAACGCGAACACCAACACCCAGCCGUAUGCUCUGAGUGGCGCCAUCUACAUGCUCAAGCAGGAGCUGCCCGCUGCAGGGGAGACGGCGCCCGGUUCGGAGUACGGCAGCACGCCCAAGAACUGGGAGUGCGAUGUGUGCACCAAAAUGUUCACCACCAAGUAUUUCCUGAAGAAGCACAAGCGUCUGCACACGGGCGAGAUGCCCUACACCUGCCAGUACUGCGCCAGAACCUUCACCUUCCAGCAAUCCUAUCACAAGCAUUUACUCUACCACAGCGAGGUGAAGCCGCACGCCUGCGGCAUCUGUGGGCGCGCCUUCAAGGAGCUGUCAACGCUGCACAACCAUCAGCGCAUCCACAGCGGAGAGAAGCCCUUCAAGUGCGAGGUCUGCGGUAAAUGCUUUCGGCAACGUGUCUCCUUCCUGGUGCACACACGCAUCCACACGGGAGUCAUGCCCUACAAGUGCGAGCUGUGCAAGAAGACGUUUCGCUAUAAGGUCUCGCUGCGAACACACAAAUGUGAGCCGCAGACUCCGGAGCAGCUGAUCAAGGCGCUGCUGGACUCCAAUGUGAGUGCGGACAGUGUGCAGGCCGAGCACACAGCCAGCAAUGCGGCCAUUCAUAUGAAUGGCACCAUCGAUCAGGAGGCGUUGCUCUCGCAAACGAUUGAUGACAUUGUCGUGGAGAGCUGCCAGAAGCUGGGCAUUUGCAGUGUGGAGCCGCCGCAGCAACCACAGCCGGUUGUUAUGGACAGUGGCGUGCAGUUUGAUGGCAGCGGCUCCCCGCUGCAGCAGCUGCAGAAUUUGCGGCUCUACUCGCCGCAGCAAACAGAGCAGCCUAGCUCGGACGGUGAACUCUUCCGUAACUUCCUCAUGGACGCCACGUAAUUGUGUUCCGAUUUCRUUUGUUUGUUUAUUUUUGUGUAUUCUUCGUAAAUUACAUGCAGAAAA